GGGAGAGGUAGAACCAAAGAGGAGAAGAAGAAUUUAACGGUUCCCGGUUGUAGACCCGCUCCGGUCUCCACGGUGCAGGAGGUUUACACUUUGAUUUUAUUUAUUCUAUAUCAAAUAACCGGCUGAGUUAGCUGUAACAUUACGUCACCGAGCUAACGCAGCGCCGUAUUGUUCCAAUGUGUUGACAACAUAAACCUUUAAGGAUCUUUACUAAUCACCAGGUGAGCUACACGGAGUAAAGACUCGGAGGGAUGGAGGAGGUUUCUGAGGUGGUGGAGGAAAUGGUAUUUCGAGGAGUGGAGUUCUCUGUAAAGAUCGAGGUGGAAAAGAGUGUGCUGAUAGUUGAGAUCUCAGACUCAAUGACAGCUGAUCAGUGGAGGGGCGACUUUGAUCCAGCAUACAUUGAGGACCUCACCCGCAAAACAGGAAACUUCAAGCAGUUCCCUAUCUUUUGUAGCAUGUUGGAAUCAGCUGUCAGAAAGAUGAGUGAUUCUGUGACUCUUGACCUGCUGACCUAUGCAGACCUGGAGCUGCUGCGCAACAGAAAAGCAGGCGUAGUUAGUCGUCCUCGCAGUCAUCAGCAGCCCUCUGCUCUCACUGCCAAAAGAUAUCUAAUCCUCAUUUACACUGUGGAGUUUGACAGGAUACACUACCCUUUACCUCUACCCUAUGCGGGUAAGCCUGACCCGGCAGCUCUGCGAAAAGAAGUGAGAGCUCUGAGGGCUGAGCUCAGCGCUGUCGCCUCUCAUGGAGUUAACAAAUCUGCAGAACUAGAGAUCCAGAGGCUACGAAAAGAGCUUGCCCUGGUGAAAGAAGAGAAAGCAACCAUGGCUAAGGUUUUGGAGCGACUGCAGCUCGAUGGAAGUGGUCCAACAUCCGGACGAGAGGACUGGAGGGUCAGAGGCGUGGUGACGACACUGGAGGAGCAGCUUGUUAAAGAGCGGGCCAAAAGUCAACGUUCAGCGAGCAAGAGAAGCCAAGAGCAGCGACUGCUGACUGAGCAGUUGGAGGAGCUGCGAGCAUCAGAAUGCACUCUCCGCGUUCGUGUCAAGAGUCUUACAAAUGAGCUGGCUUUACUACGGAGAGGGUUAGACAAUCUAAGCGUCAAAGUGACUCCUGUGUCUGGCCGCCUCAGCUAUCGAGUCGACGGGGAAAUCUAUCGCUCGGUCUCCCGUGAGAGAAGUGUGGGGUACGGGGCGGUCAGGGCUCGCUCUGGGUCCAGAGAUCGUAUUGAGAACAGAGGUCAAAGGUCGGAGGAAAGAGGAAGAAGAGCGGACUCCUCAGGACCACAUGCUCGCAUACACAGGCCAUCACCUUCUCCCACGGGGUCUCGGGGGCCACGCUUUGACCCAACCGCAUACAUCCAGGACAGACAGCGCAGGCUGAAAGAGGCGGAACAGAAGAAACAGAGGAAGGUACGUAGAGAAAUGCUGACCUCACCUAUUGUCACUGAGCGUGGGCGUUCACGCUCAAGGGAGGCGUAUCCUCUGAUGGCCCGGUCCAGCAGCAGAGGCAGGAGUUUAUCUGUGGAGCGCAGAGGGAGCAGGAACUCAUCUGAGAGCUCGUUGGUGGAUAUGGAGGAAAUGGCUAGAACUCUGUUCAGGGGAAGAAAACAGACCUACAAUGGACCCAGUGUGUCGAGAGACCUUUUAACCAGGAAGCCAUUAAGCAGUACUCCAACACAGAGGAUGAAAGACAAAGAGAGCUCCAUGGAUACAGGUGCUGAGCUGUCAGAGAUUGAUGCCAGACUGCAGGCGCUUCAGGACUACAUGAGGGACCUCGAUACAGGACACUAACAACCUCUGCACAGCACGCUGCUCAAACCAGCUGUGGAGAAGAUACAUUAUGAUUGCACAGUUUGGGGUUCAGAGGAUCUGUUUUGUUUUUUUGUCAAGUGCACAAACUGAUGAAGACUUCGAUCUUCAAACAUGGACAAUGGAUUUACUGUAAUAAAUCUGUUUACAGAUGAGACAUUAAAAAAAAAAAAAAAAAAAACCUUCGGAGGGUCAGACUCCCAGGACCUCAGGAAACUAGAGCCAUCACUGUGAAGGACUUCUUUAUGUGGACUGAAAUUAUUUUUUUAAUGUACAAAGUUUUUAUUAACUUAAAAUUGUAACUGUCUUCUUUUCCUUUUACACACGUCACCAAACCCACUAAACUUGUUACAUGGAUGUUAAAUCUGGCAGUAACUAACUGUAAAAAUCCUUUACUCACUUGAUGCGUUCCUAUUUUUAAAGCACAUUGAAUCAACUGACACUAAGAGUUGCAUUCUUCAAGGUAUUAACACCUUUUAACGGCGGCAUGAUUUAUCCCCCCCUCUUUAAAGACACAGUACGCAACAACAUUUAAACAAAAAAAAAGUUGACGGUUGUGAUUGUAUUGGAUUUUGCUUUACUGUGCCAACAUUUUAACCAUAGACUUAAACCUGUGAUGGUCUGUUAUCUUUGCCCCCAGUGCAUGCUGGGAUACACUCCAGCUCCUGUACACUCAGCAGUAAGCAUGUAGAGGACAGGACUCACUUCAUCACCUUGUGUUUUAGUGCACUUUCUCACUCCUUCCCCACUCUGUACGUCACAUUAACAAUGUACUUUCAGCAUUUUAAUUGAUGGCAGAAUAUGACCUUUAAAUAAGUUGAUUCACAUUGAAAUUGUAGAAUAUUCUUCUAUUUCAAUGUAAGAAUACAUAUGAACUUGGAGUAUAAAAGCUAAUAAUCCUGGACCCCAAAAGAUAGAUUGUUAAUCACACACUUAAUAUAUUUGUAUUUAUGUGUUCAUUAAUCCAUCCCACUUUCAAAGUGAUGGUGCAUGUAAGUGUACGACUGUUGAGUGACUCAGUCCCAUUCUGUAUGAAACAUCUCAAAGCCAAGACUGUUACUGUUAACUUUUUCCACUGUAAUGCCCUUUUAACAGCUACAAAUAUAUUUUAUUAGAAAUGUG